UCUGGACACAUUAUCGUUCGAGAUCAUGGUCAAUGAAAAGUGACAGUAGUAUACGGGUACACGUUUACUCUAAUCAGGUCCGUGGACACGUUCUCCAUGCGAUUUUCAUUUCAGGUCCAAUAUGGCGGACGAAGUCGUAUUGGACAUGGGCGCCCGGGAGAAACCUCAGUCUCUGAUGGAGAAGUUUCGCGAGCGUUACAACGACCAAGAAGUUGACAAACGAAUCAAAUUGUCCUCUCAGAGGUGGGUGAGAGGUCUGAUGAUAUUUCAGGCCCCAACACAGCUCUUCAUGUUUCAUUACUACAUCAUCCCGUAUUUGUUUGAAGAUUACGACGAAUGGACACAGUAUUACCUCAAAGUUUUCGUCACGUACACCGCCAUACAGUGCGUUAUAAACUAUCUCUGUACUAUUCUGUACGAUACUAGUAUAACUAACACCAAAGACCGACCGGAUUUGCCCGGACUGACCGACCGCUGGGAAAACCCGCCCGAUCAUUUUGUGCCGCUGUAUAAUAACCAAAACGGAGGCGCUAUUCAGAUGCAAAUACCGGAAGAGGAAGAUGAAUCCGGAUUUGAAUGGAAAUAUUGUGAAAUCUGUAAAAUCUACAAACCGCCCCGAACUCAUCACUGCAACUUGUGUAAAGUCUGUAUUUUAAAACGUGACCACCAUUGUUACAUGGUGGGGAAUUGUAUCGGCUUUAAAAACCAGAGAUACUUUGUGGUUUUGGCAUUUUACGUGGCGUUAAUUGGGUUGAUUAGUGGGUAUUUCCAAUAUAGGUACCUACAAGUGUUUUAUUAUCCGGACAGUUAUUCUUGGACAGACUUCAUCCCUCCAGUAGCCUUUUACCGCUGGUUAUUCGGAACUGUGGACACCUUAUCCUUACACGUAUGUAUCAUGAUACUGCACGUGUACCUGGAGUUCCUAUUCGGAUUCAUUGGAUUUAUCUAUUUCAAUUCACAGUUGGCAAUUAUCUCGAAAGGAAAAACACUUUAUGAAAUGACAAAAUUUAUUCCUGUUCGAAACUUAAACAGUAUUAAUCGUAAUUUUCGUUCUGUUUUUGGAGAUUUUUGGGCUUUGAACUUCUUUUUCCCGAUGCAGUUGAUAUUCCGCCAGAGGGACGACGGUAAAAACUGGGAAGGUAUCAAACUCGAUCAUAAUGCAAAUCUACAAGCGAAAACGAACUGAAAGUGCGACAGUCUCCAGGGUUUGUUUAUUUUGUAAAAUUGACCAAGGAAUUAUUAUUCUACAAGACAAUAAAAAGUAUUUAUGGUUAUGAAAUAAAUUUUCUGCGUUUAUUAGAUUUAUGACAACAUGAGGCACCAUUAGUGGGCUACGUUUGUGUUGGAAUUUUUACAACAUAAAGCGCCAUAACCGAGAUAUGUUUUGCAACGGACAGUCUGAUUACUGUCUGAUUACAUGAAAAUGUAGGGAAAAAAUCGUUUACAGAUUUGUCGACCAAUCAGACUGCCCAAUGAAAACCCACUCUACGACAUAAAGCCCCCUACAUCCGACAGUCAAGUCAUUUCCCGCUAGUUCGACCGCUUUUGGUCCAUUUUCUGAUCUUAAAUCAUUGUCACACGGCAAUAGGUUAACACGCGUUGAUAUAGGGAUGCUUGACCAAAGUGUGUUACUGAAGUGUGUGUAAAUUUGGUAAUUUAGUCGAAUUGAACUGAAAUUCAAAGUUAAUCUAAGCUAACCCUAUCACUUCCGGUUUUCCAAGUGUUACACUUUGUUGAUAACCAGGAAUAAGAGCCAAUAUAUAAUGGUUUUUUUUUUCUGUAAAUGCUACCCUAUUGCAGACUCCUGUGAUUUUCCCGUGCAUUGUUAACACAUCUUGAUUAUUUAGUAACACCUAGACCUUACCGGUAUUCCCCUGUCAGGACUAACGGUUUUGACCAGAACAGGCCGCGUCGGUUAGCAUGAAAUGGUGAGAGACAUGCUUUGUGUACUCAAACUGGUCCAUUGCUUAGUGUUAAUAAUGUCAAAGAUAUAAGUAAUCUCGGUAAAUACAUUAAAUUUGUAUUUAAUACCGGCUCUCAUUUCAGUAUUAUCACAUGUGUGUAAACGUGUGCGUGUGUAAACGCGCGCGUGUGUGUAAACGUGUGUAUGAUUACAUGCAAUACUUUAACAUGUUUAUAUGUAUAAAUAUAUAUUUUGUAUCUUAUACACAAAUUGAUUUGAUAUGAUUGAUAUGCAUUCACGUCCAGUCAACACCCUCUCACAGAUGUGUCAAUUAGCAAUGGUGCGCGUGCGCAAAAUAAAAUACGUCCGGUAAAUAUAAUUAAAACAGAUAUUAACGCUUCCGUAAACGCAGGGUCACUGGUAAAUACCCAGAACUCUCAGAUAUCAAAGUAUGUUUACAAAUGCCGGUAAAACAUACACUAUAUUGUAUUUUUGUUUAUAUACUGUACAGUACAGAAAAGUUCCAAGCGACCGCCGUCGGCAAGGCGGCCUCCGUUUUAUCUAACACGAUAAUAAUAAUACGGAUCACGGAUUAUUAAGUUUAUACUUAUU